AUGCCAUCUACGCAAAUUCGAACAGCACGAUCACAGUACAAAAGUGUGAAACGCGAUUCCAACACAUUUAAGCGAUGGCUUGAGCAAGCCGCCACAUCUUGCGGCUGGAGCAAAAUUGGAAAUCAAGAUCGCACAACCGCGGACAUCGCUACGCAGAUUGAUCUAGUCGCGAACACUCAAAACCAAGUCUGCAUCAUACCUGAUGAUGUAUAUGCAGCAUUAUGCAAUGCCAUCAACGGGAGAAAAAGCUGCAAGCAGUUUUUCCAUACAACGAACCUUUCAACAAAUGCAUCAACAAGAUCGCACGAACAUUUUAUUACAAUCUUAGAGUGGGCUGCUACAGUUCUACCGCGAAACCAACGUGAGCUUCUUCAACAUGGUAAUAGCAAACCUCAAAGAUCGGAAAUCCAGGUCUCCAGUUCUUCACCAGCCACCCCCAUCGGCGAUUCUGAGCCGGAGUGGCAGGUCGUUAAGCGAGGACGACGCAGAUGA